AUGUCCUCAGGAGCUCUGCUGAGCAGUGGCUGCUCAUCCCCCUGCGAGGUGACGUGCCCCGAGCCCUACGUGGACGCCUGCAGCCAGCCCUGUGUCACCUCCUGCGGGGACUCCCGGGCCGUGGUCUACCCUCCUCCCGUGGUGGGCAGCACAACCUCGAGGAUGUCCUGCGAGAAAAACGUGUGCGUGGAGCCGCGUCCCUGCGACCUGAAAUGCCCCGACCCGCGCGCGGCCGCCUGCACCGAGCCCUGCGUCAUCGCCUGCCCCGACUCCAGGGUGAUCAUCUUCCCCCCUCCCGUGGUGGUGACCAUCCCGGGGCCCAUCCUCACCACCUACCCGCAGGAGACCGUGGUGGGCUCCACGGAGUCGGCCGAGCUGGCGGGAGCGCUGGAGUCGGGCGUGGCCAUCGGGGGGUCGCAGAAGGGCCUGGAGUGCCUCGAGUCCUGCUGUGCCCCCAAGUUUGCCGCCAAGUGUGAGCCCGUGUGCGUCCCUCAGUGCGCCCCGUGCCCUCCACCCUGUGCUCCGUGCCCUCCACCGUGUGCUCCGUGCCCUCCACCGUGUGCUCCGUGUGCUCCACCCUGUGCUCAGCCGUGCACUACCAAGUGCACUCCUUGUGCCACCCCCUGUGCCACCAAGUGCGCCCCGCCGUGCCCACCGCCGUGCGCCACCCCCUGUGCCACCCCCUGUGCCACCAAGUGCGCCACCCCCUGUGCCACCAAGUGCGCCCCGCCGUGCCCCGCGCCGUGCCCCGCGCCCUGUGCCACCCCCUGCGCCACCAAGUGCGUCACCAAGUGCGUGCCCACCUGUGCCACCCCCUGCGCCCCCCAGUGCGCUACCAAGUGUGUGCCCGAGUGCUCCUACACCUACUCCACCCGCUGGAAGCACCCGUGCCAGAGGGGCCUCUGCAAGAAGGUCUAA